AUGUCAGCACACGCAACCACUAGCUCACCACUACUGUCGUGCAUAGACACAUACUGCGCAGUACCACCGCUCCCCACACCCAACCCGGGCACACUCUCCUGGAUAGUUUUCCCUGCUGCGUCAUUACCAACCCGCGAAACAAACUUGGUGCUGUCACAAACAUACCCACUCGCCCUCGCAAUAUUGUACCCAACACCGCCAAUAGAAUUCGUGACGGUGCCAAUAUUCGAGUCCCCCAUUUUGGUGCUUGGUCCAAGUUUCGCCAUCGUAUCGAGUGCAACCGACCCAACUACCAAAACAGAUGCAUCCCUCUCCUAA